CCUUCUGACCACGCGAUAAGCCAAAUGCAGCGGCAAGUGCAGCAGGUAAAGGCACCCCAAAGAAUUGGACAUGAAAAAUCACGGGCGCGCUUUUGGGGCGGUCAGGUAAAGGGUUCGUCCCACAGGCACCUGCACGGGGCAUAACAUUAGCAGCAGGUCAAAUCUGCAAACAUAUAUAAGAGGCACGACGCCGGGGAAUCCUCAUACAUUCACCACACGAUCGUCAUGGAAGCAACAACUGCAAAGACCGCCUACGCUCUGUUCCUGCACCGCGCCGAGCUGCAUCGUCGCCGCGCUCACUAUGCCAAGGUGUCGCAGACGAAAAUACAGUUAACUAGUCAGCUGAUUGCCAAGGUGAAGCAGCGCAUGGACACCUGCAGCUAUGAGGAUCUGCAGACGAUGGUGCGAGAGCAGCAGUUCAAGCGCUUGCUCGAGAAGAAGCUCCAGCAUCGCGCCAAGCAGCUCAAGGCGCUGGUCAAGCAGAACCGCAAGCUGAAGCGACUCCAGUAGAAAAGUGGCCUAAGAUCAGACUGGACAGCAAUGAAUCAUAGAAUCGUUGCAAUUAUUACUUAGUUCAACUAAUGACACAUUUACUGCCUUUAUAAAGGCAAAGAAAUUCAAUUUCUUAUGACAAAAUCUGCAAAGUUAGCUCAUAACGGGCAUA